AGUGUCUUGCACCGCAUCGACCGGGAGGAAGUGAACCAGCUUCGCUUCACCGUCAUGGCCCGAGAUCGGGGGCAGCCCCCCAAGACAGACAAGGCCACAGUCGUGCUAAACAUCCGCGACGAGAACGACAACGUGCCCACCAUCGACAUCCGGAAAAUCGGGCGCAUCCCGCUCCGCGACGGGGUGGCUAGCGUGGCCGAGGACGUGCUGGUGGAUACCCCCAUUGCCCUGGUGCAGGUGUCAGACCGAGACCAAGGUGAAAACGGCGUGGUGACCUGCACCGUGGUGGGCGAUGUGCCCUUCCAGCUCAAGCCAGCCAGCGAGGGUGAAGGGGAGCCGCAGAACAAGCGCAAGUAUUUUCUCCACACCUCAGCCCCUCUGGACUACGAGGCUGUCCGUGACUACAACGUGGUGAUCGUGGCUGUGGACUCGGGCAGCCCCAGCUUGUCCAGCAACAACUCCUUACUGGUGCGGGUUGGGGACACUAAUGACAACCCUCCUGUGUUCAGCCAGGCCGUGCUGGAGGUCUCCUUCCCGGAGAACAACUUGCCUGGUGAGAGGGUGGCCACAGUGGUCGCCACGGACGCGGACUUUUAGAUCACCUACUCCCUGGAGGCCUCGCCCCUCUCCUCGGAGGCACCAGGUGGCAUCUUCACCAUCGACCCUGACUCCGGGGAUGUGUCAGUGCAGGCGGUGCUGGACCGCGAGCAACGUGACACCUAUGAGUUCCAGGUGACCGCCCGGGACAAGGGGGUGCCAUCGCUGCAGGGCUCCACCACAGUGGUGGUGCGGGUGGCAGAUCGCAAUGACAAUGAGCCACGCUUCAUGCAAGACGUGUUCACUUUCUACGUGAAGGAGAACCUGCAGCCCAACAGCCCUGUGGGCAUGGUGACUGUGAUGGACUUUGACAAGGGCCGCAAUGCUGAGCUCAGCCUCUCUAUCCAGCCCGGUGACCACGACCAGGCAGCUGGCAUCUUCUCCAUUGAGAACGACACCGGAACCAUUUUCUCCACCGUCUCGUUCGACCGGGAGCAGCAGACCAGCUACACUUUUAAGGUGAAGGCAGUGGAUGGAGGUGAGCCGCCGCGCUCUGCCACCGCCACUGUGUCCCUGUUUGUGAUGGAUGAGAACGACAACGCGCCCACGGUCACCUUCCCCAGCAACAGCUCCUACACUGUGCUGCCGCCGUCCAGCAACAUGCGCACCGUGGUGGCCACGGUGGUUGCCACUGACGCUGACACCGGUCUCAACGCUGACCUCAACUACAGCAUCGUUGGGGGCAACCCUUUCAAACUCUUCGAGAUCGACCCGGCCAGCGGUGUGGUAUCGCUGGUGGGCAAGCUGGCCCCCAAGCACUAUGGCCUGCACCGCCCCGUGGUGCAGGUGAACGACAGCGGGCAGCCCCUCCACACGCCCCUGGCCCAGGACAUUGCCGGUGACCCCAGCUAUGAGCUGAGCAAGCAGCGGCUUAGCAUAGUCAUUGGUGUGGUGGCUGGUAUCAUGACCGUCAUCCUCCUCAUCCUGGUGGUGGUCAUGGCCCGCUACUGCCGCUCCAAGGGCAAACACGGCUAUGAGGCUGGCAAGAAGGACCACGAGGAUUUCUUCACCCCGCAGCAGCACGACAAGGCCAAGAAGCCCAAGAAGGACAAGAAAGGCAAGCAGG